AUGGUCUGGGGAACAGCUUAUACCAUCUCUGUGCGGACACCCACGAAGGUCCUACGAGCUGCCCAAGGGAAGAGUGCCACACUUCAGUGUUUGUAUGAGACAACAGUUGCAACUAGAAGUGGAUUCAUCCAAUGGGAUAAGCCUCUAACGGACCCUCCAGAUCAAGUAGUCAUAUGGUCCUUCUCCUCAAGCCAGUACAGCUUUGGGAAUCGGUACACAAAUCGAGUCAACCUGACAGGCGAUUAUAUGUAUAAUGACGCCUCCAUCUCCAUCGGGCAGCUGACCAUGGAUGACAAUGGGACCUAUGAAUGCUUAUUGAUGCUUGAUGGAGAUUUAACUGAAAACAGACAAGCAAGGAUGGAACUCUUCGUUCUGGUGCCCCCCUCCAAACCAGACUGCAGCAUUGAGGGGGAAACUACAUAUGGGAAUGACAUCCAGCUAAAAUGCGAAUCCAAAGAGGGAUCCCCGACUCCCCAGUACAGCUGGAAGAGCUUUGACAUCCAGAACAAGGAACGGCCACUCUCAUCAUCAGCCACAGGAAUGACCCUGCUUCUGAAAAACAUUUCCGAUGAUACGUCUGGCUAUUACAUCUGCACCUCUGCCAAUGAGAUGGGGACCGAGUCCUGCAAUAUCACUGUUGCUGUCCGGCUUGCCUCAAUGAACAUUGCCCUGUAUGCUGGGAUUGCGGGAGGCGUGGUUGCUGCCCUCAUCAUCAUCAUCAUCAUUGCAUACUGUUGUUGCUGUAGGAGUGAGAAGGAAAAAGACAGCGAGAGGCCGGAUCGAGAGAACUACCAGGAACCUCCAGAGCAGAUGAGAGAAAUAAAAAGAAUAGAUGACAACGAGGAAGACCAGAAUCAGGACAGGAGGAAUUCUGGGCAGGACUCACCUGCGCCCAGCUCCCGGUGA